AUGGGUGUCCAUGCACCUGUCCCUUCUCGAGCCUUGACUCCCCUCCCUGGCUCUCUCUCAGACAACUCUCGUCCUGGCACGCCGCUAUCUGGCGACCUCCAUGCUGACAUCAAACGGAUCACGGACAAGUUCUUUGCGCUAGGACCAAUUGUCGACUUUCUCGACGCGUUUGUGAAGGGCGAAGGAUCGUUGCCUACUACAUCAGGAUCCAUUCGUGGAUUACCAAGAGCAUGGCGUCGUUCGUUCGGGAAGCCGGCAGAUACGUCCAAGUCUGCUGUUCAUGGACCUCCCCGAUCCAUCCACACCUGA